AUGCAACACUUCUCCUCAUGCAUAUUACUACUACUCCUAAUCCUAACAACACAUCACUUCAUACCUUCACUCUCAGAAAAAUGCAACCCACAUGACAAAAAAGCCCUUCUUCAAAUCAGAAAAGAACUCGGCAACCCAACCAAACUCUCUUCGUGGAACCCAAAAACUGACUGCUGUAACGGCAAAUGGCUCGGUGUCGUGUGCGACACCGACACACAAACCUACCGUGUUACCAACCUCGGCCUCGACGAACUCGACCUUGUUAAACCCCUUCCAAUUCCACCCUCCAUUCCCAACCUCUCUUUCCUCUCCUUCCUCACUCUCACCCGCACUCCAAACCUCGUCGGCCCUAUCCCGCCCUCCAUCGCCAACCUCACCAAACUCAUGUAUCUCUAUAUCACCCAAACCGGUGUCUCCGGCGAGAUACCCAACAUUCUCUCACAGAUCAAAACCCUCUUAACCAUCGACUUAACCAACAACAAACUCACCGGUCCGCUCCCCGCCUCACUCUCCUCUCUCCCAAAACUCAUCGGAAUAUCUUUCGACGGCAACCAACUCACCGGUACAAUACCAGAAUCAUACAGCUCGUUUCCUAAGUCUUUCACAGUGCUAACCCUCUCAAAAAACCGCCUCUCCGGAAAAAUCCCAGCAUCUCUGACGAAACUGAACCUUGCAUUUGUUGACUUAGAACAGAACGCAUUGGAGGGUGAUGCUUCGGUGUUUUUCGGGUCAAAGAAGAGCACUCAGAAGAUAUUAUUGGGGAAGAACUCUUUUGCUUUUGAUAUUGGGAAAGUUGGGUUGUCGAAGGAUUUGAAUGCGCUGGAUUUGAAGAACAAUAAAAUCUAUGGUACACUACCUGUGGGACUAACGAAGUUAAAGUUUUUGAGGAAGUUCAAUGUGAGUAACAAUAAUUUAUGUGGAGAGAUUCCACAAGGUGGUAAAUUGCAGAGGUUUGAUGAGUCUUCUUAUGCUCAUAAUAAGUGCUUGUGUGGUUCUCCUCUAGAAGGUUGCAAAGCUUGA